GUCGACGUUCAGACUCAUUCCGAGUCGAUUUGCUAAAAAUAUACGAUAAUGCCAAUUGAAUGAUUUAUCGGUCAAGAUGUUUACGUUAUAAUUUUUGUAAUUAAAUAACUUCAUGUAUGUAUAUAAUACAGAGUUCACUAAUAUAGUGUAUUUGUCAGGAAAAAGGAAGAUGAAAAGUACAUACAUAACCAUUUCUGUCAGGUCUGUUCUUCGUAGUUGCAUCACAUGUAAAACAAGGACUAACGAGCACGUUUUCAGAACGUACACACAUUUGGGGCAGAAAAAAGGGAAGAAGAGAUGAAAAGUGCAAAAAGUUCAACUUGAAGAACAAGCCGCUAUGUUCAAUGCUUAAUACGGGGAAUUAUCCAAACACGAACACACCCGCUCUCGUAUGUGAACUCACACGGUCACACCUCACAUCCGUGCACAUCCGUGACUCCGAGAUCGGUUAUGCAUCAACAAUCAACAAUCUGUUCCAGAUGAAAGGGAGUGGGAUCUUUUCCGUUGUAGUGCAGCUGGUGGGAAAGUCAAUAGCGUACGUACACUAGUGUAGCUCGGGGAGGUAAAAGAGAUAAGAGUUGGAUAAGAAUACGCGCCUGACAAAAAGUGCGUGACUCAGGCUCGGAGUCAGAGAGUGCCUUCUCCGUCGGGUCUUUUCUUUCACGCGUCACGCAAAACGACGUUGCCGUCUGUGGACCAGUUAUCAAAAGCGUCGUGUUUACUUCUUUCCAGUAGGUCAUGAUUGAAAUUCCUCUAGAAAGGAAUCAGUAAUAAAAUCAUGAUCGUUCUCGGCGUCGAUUCGACUCUCCUUGAACAUUGGAGCACUGGUAUUGUGUUAGAGCCUCUGUUACGAAUGAAAGAGUUAUCCUAGUUGGCUGUUAAGUGUGGUUAAGCUGCUCUUGAUCUCAUAACCAAUCGCAGUUGGCUGAUACUCGUCAAUUGAUAAAGUAAUCAACGCAUUUUUUGUAACACUUAACCUAGAUGUUAUCAUAGAAACAGAUAAGAAUUAGUGGACUUUGUUUCAGAGCAAUUAAAAGUGGCAAUGGUUUUAAAGACACUUGGAACAGACUUACAAGUUUAUUAAGAAGUUAAAAUAAUUAAACAAUAGAACUAGAAGUUUAAGUUGAAAACGCUUUGAAAACUAUUGUAUAUUAAAAAAAUGUAACUCUGCUGUGUUACAGAAAAUCUUGGAAUGUUAGAAAUUUCUGUUAGAAAUUUUGCUUUACUUGUUGAGUGUGCAUAGUUUAUUUACAUAGAAAGAAUGCUCAUAAAGUUGUAAAGACUAAGGAUCUUCUAAUAUAUUUUGAUUAUGAAAUAGCUCAGAUGGCAUUAUAGUUUUGGAUAUGCCGCCAAGAUGCAUCGAUCAGGACAAAUAUAAAGAUUAUAGCUGACCAAUUUGUUAUACCUUGCUUAAUAAUAUGGUGAUGGCAGGAAACGAAAAUGUGCCAGGAGCCUUGGCAGAUGAUUCGUUAUCUACAAGACUACAAUGGCUACGUCAACGCAGAGAAGCUUUGCAAGAGAAGCUUGUCCAAAAAAACAAUGAGUUAAAAAAUCUAUGUGUGGAAGAGGCGGAAAUAACAGGAAUUUUACCACCGGAAAUACCUCUGGAGCCUGGUGAAAGUCCACCAACUUUUCAUAGAAAAGUGGACACUUUUUUUACAUAUCCGCAAAAAUUGAUUAACAAGCUGAAGACAACUGAUGUUGAGGAAUCAGAAUUAGAGUUGGAAAGGCAAGUACAAUUAGAGAUUGUGGAAACUGCAUUGGGUAUUGUUAAUAACCCUACGGAAAGUAAGGCUACGCGACGCAAGCAUAGGCUCGCUUAUCAGCAAAGUCAACGAAGAUUACAAGAGCUGGAGACAAAACUGAAUUUUAUUAGGCAGACGCGUGGUAAGGUACAGCGGCCAACGCAAUUGCCAGUGCAUGGAGGAAAUUACAAUACGCACCCACAUUCACAUGUUAACGUGAAACAUAGGACAAAGAAACCACGGCCACCGUUAGAUAGUACAGGAAAUGAGAUAACAUCUCCGAAGUCUAUUGGAAGAGGUAUACUUCAUGAGCCUGGUAUUAGUUUAAGCCCUUUGGCAUCUGAAGACAAGUCAAAUACUUAUGCUGGACAUGGAUAUGAGGAGCAGUUGACUGUACCAAACGUUUGCAAUCCUCAUAGUGGCACUUAUCCCAGUGUAAGCCCCAUCGAACAACCGAGCAUUAAGAUUGUAGAACACGAUCAUAAUGAUAAUCACAAUAUUUACAUUUUACCCGAACAAUUUCGCGCGCGUACAUAUUCCCAUGGGAGCGGCGGAUCUCGUGGCCAUUAUCAGGAUACCGAGAGAAUGCAUCGACCUUAUGUACCAAACACCUACACCGAAGACGAGCGUCAAAUGCGCUACCGUCAAUUUCAGCAUCUACAGAAGCAACAGCAAUUGCAGGACCAGAUGCAGCAGACCCACAGGCUACAGUACACAGACUCUUUUGAAUCCUACAAGCAUCUAGAUAACGCGGAUACCAUACGGAGAAGCGGUUCAGGAACCUACGACAGGGAUUUUCGCGCGUCUCAUUACUUACCCAUGGAUUAUCAGGCAUACUAUAAGAAUAGUGCUCAAUCUCAGCAAAUUUUACAGAGACGAGAUCGCGACUUGUUAUUACCGUCCUGUGUGAAGAAUACCUCGCGACACAGCGGCAGCAGUGCGUCAAUUGAGGCGCAAUUAGCUCCCGGCUAUUGGAUUCGCCACAACGACGAUAUUCAUUGGGUGAGCAUGGAUGAGCCUGACAGAUUUGGUAGUUUAGAUCGCAGACGUCGGAAUGCUCAACACAAUAAUGGGGUUGGUGGCGCGAAUCUGGAUAUGCAAUCACGUUACCGCACUGUCGCUGUCGCGUGUAAUAAAAAUUUGUCGAGUAGCAACGUCACUGCAUCAUCUCAUCAGCAUCACUCCGUUCACUUGUUGCCAUUGUCCGAACAACAAACACCGACGAACAAUAAGAUGCUACUGCGCACACAAUCAUUGGGAAGCGUGGAGACUUGGCAAUCAAAUCACUUGCACGAUUUGCAUGACGGUAAAGAUGCAGCGGAAUACGUCAACAACAAUCGUAAAAGUCGUCAGAAGGAAUGGUACGAAACGUCAUUAGAUGCGGGAGCAAGUGCGGACUUAGAUCAUAAUCUGAUUGCCGCGCGAAAGAACGUGCAUUAUCAAUCGAGUCCCCCACUUGCUCGUAUCAAAUCUACCAUUAAUGAGAAUGCGAGAAAUAAUCAGACAACUGAUGGACAGCCGCCGCCGAUGAGUCCAGUGAAUCGUCAUAAGAGAGAUAAGCUUGAGGAGCGACAGCACGUAGUACAGCAGUCUCAUCCUCGUUACGAUCAACCUAUGAUGAAGUCGAAGGUGUUGGAGAUACCAGCUGAAUCAAAACCAUCCCUAGACGUCUGCGACAAUGCGGUACAGCCCUUAGGCUCGCCGCAGAACUGCACAGUUGUGCAACCGGGAAAGUAUCAGCCAUAUAGAGAAGUGACAAAGCCUUUUGAAAUGUCGGACUUUUACAAGUAUUCGACGAAGUUCCGUAAGAGGAACGAAGUUGCCGCGCAGUCUCAGGUUGGAAGCGCAGAUUCGCCACUUCAGGAAAACCGUCCCGCAGAAACGAAUACCACUGAUUUAUCCAGAGAUCCUAAUUCUUACAACUUUGGACAAAACGGUAAUGUUACCGCCAGCCCAGUACAAAGAAGACUUUAUCAGCCGGUACAGCGCAUGACUUGUCAACCUUAUCUUUCGUCGUUGAGAUAAUUGUCUGCAUAAUGUAAGGUUUAUUACUGUCAUAUUAAUCACACAAAUGGUCUGCAGAAUCAUUCGUAGGAUAGGCUGGUCCUAUCGAUAAAUAUUUUUUGUUCUUUAAUCAAUCAAUUCACUAAUUGCAGCAUAUAAGCAGAGUGUCCCACAUUUUAAUGCUUCUUCUCUCAUAAUUUUUGAUUCUGAAAUUGGUCAAAGAUUGUAUUAUAAUAUUGGCGUGAUGGCAAUAAGAUCUGUGUGAAUAUACAUACAUAUAUAUGCCGAAGAGACCUAAUGACACAAUUCUGUGUUCAUAUAUCUUUCGUUUCUCUUUUGAGACUCGAUCGUUUAUUAAUAUCAAUCUUGACAUAUCUCUAUUAUAUAAUAUACAUAUAGGAAUUCUUAUUUUAAGAAAUUUCAGUAUCUGAAUUACGUAUGUACGAGAUAUGUUCGAAAAAAUGAAGAAAGGUAAGAAAUGGUAAGAAUCGUACAAUUCUGAUCUCGAUUAACAUUAACUGAUUAAUAUUGGGACCUGAAUAGUGCCUUUUAUUAAUAGAAGUAUCAAGUGGAUAAUAAAGUUACGUUAUAAUAUUGUAUUUUGAAAUAUACUUUAACAUAAAUUAAUCAUUUUACUGAAAAUUGUUCUCCACUUAUUAACUUCUAAUAUAACUGUUCAUAAUUGCGUUCAGUGAUGGAUUAUGUAUCUAUUUUUCUAUAAGUGAUAUAUAUGAACGAUAUGUUUUGGAUACAUCAUCAGAUUGACAAGAUAAUGUUGAUCAUUAAAUGCAGUUUUUUCUCGUUCAUUAAAUAAUUUUGAAAGUUUGCAGUUCUGUUAUACGCAGAUUCUAUUUAUAUAGUUUUAAAUUCUAUCACGAGUCUAUCUCUUAUGACUGAACAUAAAAUAUGAAAAUAUGCAUUUUUAUAUUGUUUGAUAUUGUAAUAUUCAACACUUCUCUAUAAGAAAUAAUGAAAUUUGCGUUCUUAAUCCUAGAACAAUAAUACUGACAUAUAUAAAUGAUAAUAUUUUUAUAUAUAAUUGUUCAUAUUUGCGCGUAUAUUAUUGUAUACUCCGCUCGGCGUAUAAUAUUGAAAAAUAAAUCUCAUUAGAGAUUUUGUUUACCACAAUGUGUUCGCCGGGAAGCUUAAUGUUAAACAUAUGCUUGAUUCAUAGGCAAGAUUCACACAUUAGUUGCUAGAGCUUGUUCUUGUAUGUAUCAUAAUUUUUAUUCGAAUUCUUUGGCUAUAAAAAUAUAUGCUGCUACUGUAUAUAGUGUGCGUUACCUGAAAUGAUUUAGAUUUAUUUGAUCCACAUGUUGGAAACGCUUUAGCAUCACAGACGUAGAAGAUAACGGCCUUAUGUCUCAGCUGUGAUUAAUUAUGCGUUGCGCAUUGUAUGCUAUUUUUAAGAAAUCUUUUUGUAUUACUUUAUACGAUCAGUCUUAUGUUAAUAAAGACGCUAAUUGAAUUAUA